AUGACGGAACCUACAAUUGCGUUCCAUUUACAAACACAUCAAACACAAUUCAAAAUUCCAACUGAGUUAAUCAAGAAGAACUUCAAAAAUAUACAAAAACUUAUCGAGAAGCAGAAGAAGCAACUUACUGAUGACAUACUCAAAAUAAAGAAAAACGACAAGAUGCCUACACAGAUCAAGUUGGAGAUGAUCCGUAAACUAAUAAAGAAUUUUGAGUUGUUUAGGAAAAAAUUGCUUGUACUUGUACGCAAAGACGAGGAGUAUAGAGGCCGGAUGAUUGCACGAUUGGAGAAUAUUGCUGAACUUGUUUCAUAUUGCAAAAGUAAUGGGGAUUCAACAACGAAUGGAACAAAGAAUGGCACGGGUGGCGGAAUCAAAAAUAGCUUUAGUGAUCAAACAUCCAGUCAAGCAAUAGGUGAGCACGAGGAAAACAAGGGUAAGGUGACAGAAAUGGAGCUUGAUUUCAAAAAUGCCGAUUUGAUAAUGUGGUAUAGAGAUCAGGCCAAUUUAUUAAUCAUUGAUUACUUAAUAAAGCUGAACCAAAGUUUGACUAAAGAUCAAAACGCAGGCAUUGUUUUUCUUGAAAGCUUAAGCAAGACAAACCCAAACCUCAAAAAGCUUAUAGACUACGAUGUGCUAUUAGAGUUUAACACCAUCUUUCUAUCCAUUGUCAAAAAGCAUGAUCUAACGCAGAUUGUUGCUUGGUUCAGUGAGAACAAAUCACAACUAAAGAAAAACAUAUCCAAUUUGGAAUUUGAAAUCAAUUACUGCAAAUUUUUGUCUUUGAUAGAGCUGGGCAAAAUUGACGAAGCAAUCAAGUACUCCCGGGAAAGUUUAUCAGGCUAUGGCAAUCAGGAAAACUACCUGACACUGAUGAAUGACACUAUUAAUCAUACAAAAAAUUUAGAAAAAUUAAAAGGUUUGGGAGGUUUAUUGGUAUUUAAGUCUAUGAACGAUUUUGAUUUGAAAUCCAAGCUGAGCGGAAAUUUAAAUGGCGUGGGAUAUGCAAAUGAUAUUGAGACAGGUAUUGAAAACCAGUCUAUACAUCAUCAACACCCUUAUUAUCGCGAAUACAAAAGGCUAUUGUCAAAUGAACGAUGGGAAAGCUUAGGACAAUGUUUCAUUGAUAAUUUCAUACAAUUAUAUGGAAUUCCUAAAACAUAUCCAUUAUUCAUUUACUUGUCCGCGGGUUUAUCUAGUUUAAAGACAAAGUCGUGUUAUUGUAAUUAUGAGAAUACUAUUUUCAAAGAUGCUUCGCUGGGGAGGGAGAAUGUUGUUCCAGUUGGAGAGCACAGUAAUGCUAUCAACGAAAAUACUAAUACAAUGAAUGCAAACAACGGGUCAUCUUCUAGUGAUCAUUUUAUCCAUUUUGCUUUUAAUCAUGGAAACAUGACAAAUAUCCACGUGACUAGUGAAGGAACUGGAGCGGGUAUUAUAUCCCAAAUAUCUGCUUCAACAAUACCCAUAAACAAUGAUCAGCAGGUUUUGUCUGGGCUUUCUAAGGAACCCACCGACACAAAAUUAAGAGGCCCCGACCAAUAUUAUAAGCUUUUGGGUAAAGUAAACAACUGUCCCGUGUGCACACCAGAACUAUUCCAUUUGAGCAAAAAUCUUCCUUUUGCCCAAUUGAUAACGAGCGUACCGCCAGAGCCAUUCAGACUUCCCAAUGGGAAUAUUUAUCCAUUCCAGAAGCUACUAAACCCUAAUGAUGAUUACAACUCAAUUCAAAAUGAUUUGGUAAGACAAGGAAGUAUCAAAGAUCCUUUAACCAAGGAAGUUUUUCCCAUAGACCAUUGUCGCCGUGUCUAUCCCGUCUGA